GUGUUCUAAAUCAGAUCCGCCCACAUUAAGGGAUGCCUGAAACUGCGCAGGGCAAAAGCGACCCUCUAACCGGGCUGGACAGCAACAGUCCGGGGUAAUUAGAUUUCGGCGUCACAAAAGACAAAACAUUUCACUUCAUUUCGUUUUAAUACAAACCCGUACUUCCAGAACUAAGGAUAUUAACCGACAUUCAUCUGGUGGUGUGUGAUUUCAAGAACGCCAAUUGACCCACAAGAGCAAGAAAUCACUCAAAAAACGAUUAGAAGUUCACCGAAGUUUCUCAGUAUUCAUCAUGGAGGAGAAGAAGAAGGAGGAGAGCGAAGCGGAGAUCCACGAACACGGACCCGAACAUUGGUUCUCCAAAUGGGAGCGCCAAUGCCUCGCAGAGGCCGAAAGGGAAGAGCCGACCGAGGAGGAGGUGGACCAAAACCAGGAGAAACUCUGGCAUCUCUUCCAGAAUUCCGCUACGGCGGUGGCGCAACUUUAUAAAGAUCGAGUCUGUCAUCAGCAAGGACUGUCAUUGUGGUCUCCAUUUCAAAAUGCUGCAACAGCAGUGACUAAUCUUUACAAAGAGAGCAUUGAUGCACACAAGAGGAGCUUUGACUUAGGAAUCCAGACUGGUCAUCAGCGACGUAAUAAAGAUGUUUUGGCCUGGGUAAAAAAGCGAAGAAGAACUAUACGAAGGGAGGAUUUGAUAAGUUUCCUAUGUGGUAAAGCGCCACCACCAAGGACUUCUAGAGCAACCCCCAAACUGACUGUCAUGUCUCCGAACCGACCACCUUCAUCGGACACCGUAUCAUCUGUAGAGACUGAUUUACAACCAUUCUGUGAGGCCAUAGCACUACAUGGUCUAAGUGGUGCAAUGGCUAGCAUCAGCGUCCGCUCAAGCACUCCUGGCUCUCCGACUCAUGUCAGUGGCAGCUCAAAUGCAGGGCGCAGAAGGAACGGACUGCACGAUGUGGACUUGAACACUUUUAUAUCAGAGGAGAUGGCCCUCCACCUUGGCAGUGCAGGCACCAGGAAGCGGACCUCGGUCCAGUGCGCCGACGUCAUCACAGACUCCCCAACCCAUAAACGCAACAGAAUGCUCUGAACUCAGUUGUUGUUCUGUAUGCUUUGUGCUGCUUAAAAUAAAAGCCACUUGAUCCUCAA